AUCGAGCAGUACCCAAGAUGGUCUACUGCUGUAGAUAUUGCGGACGCAAGUGCGAGACAGAGAGCGGGCUUGCGCGACAUCAGCGGGACAAGGCAAACCACCCUUACUGCAACACGUGCGAACGGGGCUUCGGCUCCUGGGACGCCUUGCAUCAGCACUACCGAGACAGCGCCGAUCACGUCUAUUGCGUCACUUGUGAGCGAGUCUUUGCCACGGAGAAUGGCCUUCGGAUGCAUUAUCGUGACAAUGCCGCGCACCCGUACUGCACGGCCUGUGAGCGAGUCUUCUCCUCUGAUAGCGCCCUUCAUCAGCACUAUCGGGACAACGACGCCCAUGCCUACUGCGACGAAUGCGGGAGACUGUUCGCCUCUGACAGCGGACUGAAGCGGCACUGGCGCGACAGCGCAGUCCACUCAUACUGCACCGAUUGCGACCGUCACUUCCCUUCGAACAAGGCGCUGAAUAAGCAUACGUGUACUCAUGCUUACGAUGAUUUGACCUACGCAAUGGGCGCCAUCACAAUCUGAAAGCAUCUCAUGUACUUGUUCACAAUGUUUGGAAUGCGUUUCAAUGUUCCUGUACCACUACUGUAACAGACAUCACUUCGGCCCCUC